UAGAAAAUAAGCUGGAGUAAUUAGAAGUCUAGCUUAGGAAUUACAUGUUUUGUGUUUUGGAUGAAGAGAUCAGUGACCCACUAUAUAAGCGAGCACAUGUUCGAAUGUGGGAGGAGGGCUGACGUCACAAUAAGCUCAGUGAGAGAGGGGGCUGGUGAAACGGGUCAGAUAAAAAUCAUUGUGACGUCCGAACAGUAUCAGCAGGUAACGAAAGGUGAGCGUCGAGCACACACCCAGGCACAGACGGACCAAGGAAAGAACCCUCUUUCGAAGAGCUGCCCUGGAUCGAAUAAUUCAGCUGAUGAUUGUGAUGCAAAGAAGACGGGUUUAAAAAUAGCAUAACUGUGGAGAACUUUCACGGUGAGCAGCCGCAACUAGCUAGAUACCCGACUUUGUACCCGGCCGCGACAGAAUGCUGUCUGUAUUUCUGUUUGACAUUUUGAGAUGCUAUUCAUAACUGAAAAAGAGGCCGUCGUGUGAGGCGAUGUCUGAGGAAUUCUUCCGAAUUCUACACUCAUGAGACUUUGUUCAAGACAAGUUAAAGCAGUUUAACCAAACCUGUUCUCUAUUUGUAAGAGUUUACUGUGACACGUGUUGAGUAGUUCCUGAAGUUUGCGACAUCACUUGGCCUAUUGGAUACAAAAACCGUUUGAGCUUUGCUUUUUUUUCAUUUUGUCGACGACUUGUUUCUUCGUCGUCUUUGAGUUUGGAAACAAAUCGUCUUUGAAGAGUGAUUAUAUGGUAAUGAUCAGUGAAUUACUUCUUCAAUUUUUAAAGUGACAUUUGAACUGUGUAAGACAAUUUCGCAACAUUCAACAUGAAUCGGUCGAUUACAAAGAGUUUUCAGACAUUCGACGAAGAGUUGGAGUGUGUUAUCUGCACAGGCCGUCUGCUAAAUGCCAAGUUCCUCCAAUGCCUUCAUAGUUUUUGCGCCGAGUGCCUCGAGCGAUGCGUGACAGUUCGAGGUAACAUAGAAGGCACUUGCCGCCUCCGUUCCAUCCCCUGUCCUCUCUGUCGCGAGGAAACCAUUUUACCUGAUAAUGGAAUCAACGGGCUGAAGCCAAAUAACCUGGCAAACAAGGUUGUCCAGGCCUUGGAGGGCAAUGACCACUGUGCCAAGUUGAUGGAUUCUGAAUUGUGUUGUGAGUCGUGCCGUACGAAGCGUUCUCGAGCAGUUGCCUACUGUCAAGACUGCCGCCAUUUUAUCUGUCGUGAUUGUGUGGGGUCGCACUCCUCCCUGAAACAGAUUCUGAGUGGACACCGCAUUAAGCCUCUCAAUGACCUUCGAAGGAGUCUGGUAAAGACCAAGAACGGGUACAAGGACGCCAACCACGGGAAGACAUGCUACCAGCAUAACGGACAGGUCAAGACGCACUUCUGUGAGACAUGCUCAAUGCUUGUGUGUAUCCGCUGCACAGGAGAUACCCAUCCCGAACCGCAUCACGUGUGCGUUGAGGCAAAAGACGCGGUAAAAACGCGAUUACGUAGCAUUCAAGAGCUCGUCGAACAAGGCCACGAUAAGCAGAAGGAAGUUGCAGACGCGCUACGAACGAUAGAUCGUCAACGCAACGAGGCGCGGCACGUCGUCCGCUGCCUGCAACAAGAGAUAAACGAUGCAGCUGACGCCGCGGUUGAGAACGCUCUCAAAAGCAUUGAUUUUCAGCGGUUAACCCUUCUCAAAGAAACAGACAGGCUGGACGAGUUCCUAACCGGAAAGUAUGACGAACUUGAAGCAGCGCGACUUGGUGUAGGAUCACUCCUUUCUAACGCGAGAAGCUUCGGUGUCAAAUUGAUGAAGAACCCAAGUGUCAAAGUACUUCUGACCUUCGACAAACUUAACACGACCUUGCACAAUUUAGUAUCGGAGCAGUGGGACAAAGCGUCGGUUGACUACAUCCAUAGUAUCACCAAGAACGUGAGGUUUGAGUCACAGGAGAACGCACAGUGGGUGUCGGUCGGGACCCUUGUCGAUCCAAAUCAGUGGUCACUCUCUAGAAGUAUCCCUAUUCCCGAGUCUAAGUCGGGCGAGGUCUCAUCGAUGUCGUACUGCUCCAGCGGAUCACUCUUCCUCGCCCACUUCAACGGCGUCGUCGAGGAGAUGACCGUCGACGGGAAGAUCACCCACGUCCUCAACACAGGUUCCGACAUCCGUGACAUGGCCGUUCUCUCCGACCGCACGAUCGUCAUUCUCGACGGGACAUGGCAAAUCGCGGUCUACGACCCAACCGGGAAAAAGUCCCGCAUGAUCCAUUCGAAGAAUGGCAGCACGGGUUUCACAUGUCUUACCGCGGACGCAGACGAUAUGAUUUUCGCGGGAGAAUUCCAUCGCGAUACGAUAUCCGUCUUCGCGAAAGAUGGGCGCCAAGUCGAAUCAAUACCCGCCGGUGGGAUCACGCCGUACCGCAUCGUUGUCGCAAACUCGGGCCAGAUUGUUCUGUCCCAUAGCCCUGCUUCCGUGUCCGUCUUGAAUCGCGAUGGAGAUGUAGAGUGCACUGUCCAUCGCAAGCAAUGGCAGUACGCUCUCGUCUGUUGCGACACCAAAGAGAACAUUUACAUCCUCUCUGGGAGUCGGGAUGAAAAGAAACUCAUCUCAGUGCACAAAUACACACUGGAGGGUUACAUCGUCGAAUGCGUAGUCCGACAUGUUGAAGUCGACGUUGGCUCGUGGCAUCCGAGAAUCGACUGUACGCCUGACGGUAACUUGGCGCUUGUGACCAAAACGAAAGUCGACAUCUACAGCAGCAGGUCUGUGAUCGAGCGGGAAAGGAAAGAGCUGGAGCAGGAGGAUUCUGAAAGAAAUGAAAUGCAAGAGGAAAAUUCACAGCCCUGA